AUGCCCUCCAAAGAGCGGGAAACCGAAGCCGACGCUGAGGAACGCCCUCGUGAGAAGCAUCGUCGCUCCAAGCACAAGGAACACAGGGAUGACAAGGAGCGCUCUCACCGCCCCUCCAAGUCGAGCCGGCCCAAGCCCAUCGAGGGCAGCGAGACACAUUCGCACGCGUCGUCGAGACGACACCAUCACCACCGCAAACGAGACAAGGACAAAGAUGAAGUGAGGAUCCGGUCAACCUCCGGGAGCGAUUUGUUCUCUGGCGUAUCCACAUCUCGCCUCUCGUUCCCCUACCCCUCGUUUAGCAAGGCACACAGCAAGGAGGCCGUCAGUCGCGAGGAUGUUUCGACGCUGAGCCGCCACACCAAUCCUUUUACUCCAGAGCCGACAGAUGUUGGCGACGAAGAAGCCAGGCGAUCUAAAUCCUCAGAGCUCCCUCGGCGAUCGUCGACAGUCUCCAAGAAAUCCCCCCGACCCCCAACACCUCCCGAUACCGAUCUGUCUGCCGACAAGAAACAUGACGAAGAAACCCCAAAGGAAGUGGCGUCGACGCUGUCACGAUCGGCCUCGUUGCGAGACGAGAGGUCGAAGCUCAGCCACAAGUCCCGGUCAUCGAGCCAGGCAACCUACGUCAAGCACAAAGCAUACGAGAAAAUUCGCACAGACUCCCGAGCAUCGAGUCUGUCCCGCCGCUCGUCCAAGGGAUCAAAGGGAUCGCCGUCUACACGAAGCGUACGCGAGAGAGGCUCAUCCCCAUCUAGCCCGCGAGACUCGUCUCCAAGAACACCGACCCAAUCGGUACCAUAUACCCCUCAUGUGUACGGCACAAUCCAUGGCGAAGCUUCUGCUACGCUUGUAAACGAUGAAGAGACGUCCGAAAUCCCAUCCAAAACCGCCACGCCCGCGUCGGUCGUACCCAGUGCUCCUCCCCCGCCGCCUCCACCGCCUCCUCCUGCUAUUGAUAUCCAAGACCUGCCACGCGUAGACUACCUUUUGCAGAAUGGAGGACUCCCAUACCCAGCACCAAAGAAUUUCCUGCAAGUCCUCCCUCGACAAAAUGGUACCCGCCCUUCAAACCCACCACUCGCUGGUGCCGACACUCUCUUUGCCCCAUUUUUCAACCUCCUCGAUCAGUACCAGACCGUCCUCGGAAAGCAAGGGUCCAUUGCCGUAGCCACUGGUCAUCGAUCAGUGGCGCGACGUCUGCUAGACCGACUCGAGAAUGUCUUCUCUCGAGACCUUCCUCCCCAUGGUUGCUCGUGCGUCAUGUGUGAUAAACAGGGCCACGAGAUUCACCGCGGACUUGCCUGGGGUGAUGUCCUGGAAUGGGUCAGUGGACGAAUCGAGCUCCCCCAGUGGCCUCCAUUUGACUUGGCCGAGAUUGGCACCAAGGCCGCCGAGAUCUCAGCCGAAGAGCCACUGCGUCCACGGUCGCCCGUGAAGAUGGACCCUGAUAUUGAUGAACAGUUCAGGGAGCAUUACCUGCGCCAAACGAAGAAAGUGCGGUCGGCAGUGGACAAAUGGCUGACCAACACGGGAGAGACGCCCGUUCCUCCAUCACAGGACGUGGACGAUGAGACGUUGACGUUUGCAAUCCUCACAAAUUUGGACGCUGAUAACCGUCCAUUCUUCAAUGCACUGCUUUCCGGGUCAAGGGAGCUUCGUCCAGCCACGCGGGCCCCCACGCCAGCUCCCAAGACCCGCAACGACUUCUUGGUCAAGACUGGGCUCUCACUGCAGCGGCUCUACAGACUUCCACAGGCCCCGCGUGAUGCCGAGUGCGCCUGUUAUCUGAUCAAGAACCCCCAAACCCACGACCUACUGGUCACGAUGGCAAACAUCAACAAUUCAGAGUGGGAGAUUCUUACUUCAGGACGAUUUGACGGAUUCUUGUGGUCCGGCGCUGAUGCCGAGGACACCAGCAGCCCCGCAUUUGACUCGAGAAACACGACACCAUUCUCAAGGCCAGCCUCGCGUGUGCCAUCGUCAACAGGGCUCAGGUCCUUCUCGCCAUACUCGCGCGGCGCCACACCUGCAUCGUUCGUGAGCCUGUCCUCGGCCGGGACGAUGGGUGGACGACAGCCAGUGUCCAAUGACGAGGAGAUGGAGAUGGCUGCGAUUGCCGAGAUUGAGCGGGAGAUCUACAGCGGGAUGGAGUCUCUAGAGGAUGCCUUUGAAAAGCUCCACCGACGGGCGGAAAUGGUGAGGACUGCGCUCCGCCAACGAGGCGCCGGCCUGAUGCAGAACCUCCAGAUGAGGAAACGCAUCGACGUCCUUCCUCCUGGGUCUGGCAACUCGAAUGCCUCGGGGUACGAGCGACCCGGUUGGGCCACUGCUGGCAGUGAGUUCGACGUGAGCGACAGCGAGUGUGGAAUUGACGACUUUGAAAUCAUGCCCGACGACUCGGCGAGCAACAUCAGCAGCUCGCGACACCGACGACCCAAGAGAAGGACGGAGAGAAGAACUCCUGCUCCUAUCGAGGAAGGGGACGAGGAGUAA